AAAAUCAAACAUCACUAUACCACACAGUGUCACCCGAACCGAUCUCGCGAACGGAUACGACUCUUCCUCAUUUCGCGCACGCGCGUGAAAUCUAUUGCGUAUGGUAUACUUGGUUUACAGAAGAACAGUGAUAAAUAGUAUACGAUCGACGACCAUGGAUAGUGCAAGAUCCGCUCGCCACUUGUUGGCAGUGGCAAUAAUAACUGUGGCGAUUGCGUUGUGCUACGCGGCCGCGGUGGGUGGAGGGACCGGACCUAGCCCGGGAAACGCCGCCGCUUUUGCCCCGUCGUCAAUACUGAACAAAUUACCGCAAUCGCAGUUACCGAAAUUUCCGGUAAUCUACACGUACGGGAAAUCCCGAACGACGCAAACACCGGUGUCAAAUUAUCCGACUCUUCUGGGCGGCAAACAUCAACAACCACAGCAAUCUGCGCCUCAGCCCCAACGACCGUCUCAGCAACAACAACAACAGCCACAAAAAACACCGCAGCAAACGUCUCAGCCACAGAAACGUCCGUCAAAACCGACGUCGACGACGGACGAACGACCUGGAGGACGAGUCCCUAACCAGCUGCCGGUGGCAAACGCUUCUGUGACGACUACGUCAAAACCGAAGUUGGAAACGACCACCCAGGUCCGAUCCAUCAUCACAGCGCCACAAAAAACGUGUCCCGAAGGACAACGGAUGAGUCCCGACCGGAACUGCAGACCCGACUUCACAGACCCCGAAGACGACCAAUCCAAAUAGUCGACGGACCGAACUGCACCACGAUAUUGUAAUGAAUAUAUAACACACACACAUAGCAGCACUUUACGUCGGUACUGCAAUUAAUAUUGUGACGCGAUUUAUUUUACAGACAUCAAAUUUUUACUCCCGUGUACUACGUGUAAUAUAUACAUAAUCAUACCAUUUA